AGUGCCUUCACCACACUACACCGGCUCUAGUAGCCAUUAAGGCGAUGAUAGAUUCCAUGGGACUGUUGUGCAUGGUACCAAGCCAAGAUGGUGACUCCAACCAUCAAAGAGACCAUCUGCUGCAAACAGAAGAAUGGUUGAAGUUUCAUGCCGUAGUGGCGAAGCAAGAAAAGACGAUUGCUGACAGAGAUGACCCUGGUGAAGCUAUGAGAAAAAAGUUAGAUGGCAUGCGCGAAAAAUUGAAGUCUGCAGAGAAUUCUGAAGAUUGGAAUAGUGUUCUCAGAAUAGAAGAGAAGCUGAGUCUUCCUCCUGAUGGUGAACGAAAGGAAUACUUCAUGAAAUUGGACCAAGAUCUGCAAAAGAUCGCAGCUUUGCAAGCAAAAGAUUGGCUUGUGAACAAACCGAAGAAGCAGAACUCAGUUCCAUUAUAUGAAAAUCCUGUCCUAAAAUGUUCUGAUUUACAACAGUGGAUUCACAAGCUAUCAGAAGAACAAAUGCCUGUGAGCCUUGCAUUGGGAGAUUUUAAACUUGAUCUGAUUGAGACUUUUUUUAACCCAAGCCAAGAAGGUUCUCUAAGUAAUUUUAUCAGCUACUUCAGUGAUCGGCUGUGUGACCAUGACCAGAAUUUUACAUUUCGACAUGGAAAAGAAUCAUGUCGCCUAUUGGAAUAUCAGACACCUAAUAAACAGCCACCCAGAUGGAUGUUCAUUAAAAUGAAGAAAGAUAAUGCUCGAGCUGGGAUUUACAUGAGUAGUGAUAACUUAUACCUUUUUGCUUUCAGUAACAAGAAGGGUGAAAUCUUUGAGCUUGUGAAGGAAGAUUGUCUGCGAAUAAUCAAAGGUUCUGUUGCAUUUGGCUGUAGCACAGACUACCCAAGCAUCCUGAACUACGAAAGACCUCGACCGAUUCCAGAAAAUUGUGAAAAGAGGUUGUUGGGCAUAAUUCUAAAUAUGGAGAAAUUUUCACAUGGCAUCGAAGUGCUGUCAAACUAUGACCACAGUAUUCUAUCAAACCAUGAUGUGAGUGAGGCUGAAAAACAACGACUCAUUCAAGAAGUGCAAGAGGCAUUAGCACGGAAUGCAGUGGUUUUAGCUGAAGUUUCACUUAUCGUUAAUCUAUUCAUAUCUGUCAAUGAGAACUGGAAGGAGAGUCGUUCAAGCCUGACAAAACUCUUGUAUGAGUAUAUGAUGCAUUGGAAGGUAAUGUCAAAUAAGGUCCACAAUGGUCCUAUUGAUUCUAAGUUUGAGGACAACUUAGUGGCUAAAAUCUUGUUGCGAUUCAGACAUGAAGCAAUUAAAGUGCAUAAUCUGGUUUGCAACGUGAAGGGUCCUGGAAUUAUUAAGAACAGACCCGGACCCAUGGCACCUGGUGACGAUGGCAAAGGAUCAAAGGAGCCUGGACCAUCUGGUGGUGAUGACAAAGAGCAAAAGACAUCUGGAUCUAGCUCUGGACUGUCUGGACAUGGUAAUGACAAAGAAACAAACACACCUGGAUCUGGACCAUUUGAUAGUUGUGAUGACAACCUGGAAGGUCGCCGUGAUGGUGGAAAACAGAAGGAAAAUUAUAAUGAUAGCAGGCCAGGGACCAGUGAGAUGAGCAAAAUAGCAAUGGCUUUCAUGGUAGGAUUGACCAGCGGCAAGAACUGGGUUCAGCCUUCGAUCAGCAAAAGAAGCAUGGAACCUUUCGUCAUCACAAAAAGAGGGGUGGAAUCUUUGAUCAUCAGCAGAAGAAGCGUGGAACCUUUGAUGGUGCCAUUGCUACCUGAUUCUCUAGGAUCUGCACAUACAACUGGUUUGGGUCAGGUGCUGUCAUUAGUACCCGAUUCUUCGUUGUUUUCACAUGGACAUGGUUUGGAUCCGAUGCUGCUGCCAGUGAUACGUGGAUUAGAGGUGUUGCUAGAGCUGAUCCGCAGUAAAACUUCUAAUGUUCUUGCUGUUAACUCUCCUUUGAUUUUUUUAAACGAACCAGAUUUGGGUGAGGUGCAAGGACUGAUCAGUGCGAGUGAAACUACUUUGGUUGGGAUUUCGCCUGAGGAAGAUAUUGUUAACUUCUUCAAGAAAUCUAUCCCCUCAGAACCAUAUUUUCCUAAAGGCCAGACUCUCUUCGAAAUUUUCUGUAUCCACACAAAUUUGUGCUUGAUAAAGACCAUUGUACUUUAUGAUGAUCGAGGUGGUACUUUAAUCUAUGAGUCAAAGGAAGGAGAAAAGGAUCAGUUUAUUAAAAGACGCUCCAUUUGGUUAUCAGAGCAUAUAGGAAAAAAACCUUCCGCUUUCAUCGACUCUCCUGCUCUUGAAGGCCCGAGCCGUCCCAUGACUGCUCAUGCAGGGUGCUGGAUCAUUGAAAUUGAUGUUCCGGUUGAAUCAUCUUUCAAGCCUGAAGACCCUGAAAUACCUGGGAGAGUAUUCGAGAGUACAUUAUUGUUGAAUGAUGAUCCCCUUGACAAACCCAGGAGCAAUUUAAUUUCUAUCAGAGGUGGCUUUGUGAACAUCACCUCGGUGACUUUCAGCAAUGCGGUUUGCUCUUCAAUUCGAUUUGUACUUUGUUCUCACCCUGAUGACAGUUUCUAUGUGCACCCUAAAGUGGAGGGUGAGCUUGUAUUAUCUGUUGAAAAUUAUCCAGUUGGCUUCACUAUUUUCAAAAAUCAAGUUGAGGAUGAUGCUGUUCAUUUCAUGAGACGGAGUGACACAAUAUUCGAACUUCCCUUGUCUCGGCAUGUUCUUGCACUGCCUAUUGAAUCUCGUGUACAUGUCUUGGGGACUUUGAAACUAGCGACUUCGGAAGUGCUUGUAGAUCAGUAUCUGGUGCUCGACAAGAAUGUUGUACGGGCUGGAUGGACUGUGGAAACGGGCCUGUAUGCUGCUAUAUGCAUUGAGUUAAGUUCUGUUUUCUAGAUCCCACGGCACACCAGAUCCUGUUCUUGGUCUGCUUGCUGCAUCUUGAGCAUCAUCUGUGCAGUCUACAUUCUUGCUCUUGUGUCGGGAGUAUUCUCAAAAUACUUAAAAAAUACUUUGCUAUCAAACAGGGCCUAACACACUUUUUGCUUGCCCAAUUGCUAACUGACAUCUUGGAUUUUCAUCUGGACCAUGCCUUGGGUCUUUGUUGUGCAUCUGCAAUUGCUGAAGCUGUUGGUGAAGUUUUAAGAGUUGAGCAGAGUAGUUUCUUUGUAGUUUAUUUUAGUGAUUUGUUAGAAACGGUAGCUACUUCGACUAGCUCGGUCUAAUUUUGCAUGUAAGGUGUUAACACUGCCGUACUCAUUAUGUUGGUACUCGAGGCUGAAUGAGGGCUGCCGUAGUCAUUAUGUUGUUCUAAGACUAGUACUCGAGGCUGGACGAGGCUUAUCUCAUCUGAUGGUGGUGUUACGCAGGUUGAAAUUUCAGUGUAUCAGUGCAGGGAAGUUU